AUAUAUCUCCAUUUUGCUUUGCUGUGUGUUUGCAAGGAAGGAGAAGAGAAGGAUUUAAAGCUACUUAUUGACAACUUUUCUGUAUUAAAACUCUUUGGUGAGAGGCGGAAUUUAAAAUGGCCUACUCUUUAUUUCGCUCUGAGGAGAUGACCCUGGCCCAGUUGUUCCUCCAAUCUGAUUCAGCUUAUUCCUGCGUCAGGGAACUGGGAGAGAUAGGGAAAGUACAAUUUAGAGAUCUCAAUCCCGAUGUCAGUGCUUUUCAGCGGAAGUUUGUGAAUGAAGUUCGUCGCUGUGAUGAAAUGGACAGGAAACUAAAAUUUUUGACUAAUGAAUUGGAAAAGGCAAACAUUGAGCCAAGACCAGCUGGUAACAUUGGAGCACCUGAUCCUCAGGAACUCAUUGAUUUGGAAAGUAAGUUUGAAGUCCUUGAGGCAGAGGUUAAGGAGAUCAAUACGAACAAGGAGACUCUGAAACGGAAUCGUCUUGACCUGAUUGAGUUGCAGCAGAUUCUAGUGAAAGCUCAAAUAUUCUUUCAAGAAGCGGAGCAAUACAGUAACUUGAGGGCCCCACCCACUGGAUUUGAAGUUGGAGCUGAAGAGAGAGCUUCGUCUCCUACAGGUCUUCUUGACGAGGGGCCUGACCCAGCUACCCAGGGAUCCCAAACUAAAUUCAUGUUUGUUGCAGGUGUCAUUGCCCAGGAGAGAUUGGCUUCAUUUGAGCGUGUUCUCUGGAGGGCAUGUCGGGGGAACGUCUACAUGAGACAAGCUGCAAUUGAAGUUCCUCUUGAAGACCCAACAACUGGCACAUUGGUCUACAAGGUGGUGUUUGUUCUCUUCUUUCAAGGAGAUGCAUUGAGGACAAGAGUGAGAAAAAUAUGUGAAGGGUUCCGGGCCACUCUCUACCAGUGUCCUGAGACUGCCCCUGAGAGACAGGAUAUGGCCACUGCCGUUAAUAACAGGCUGAUUGAUCUUGAUACCGUCCUUAACACAACACAGGAGCACAGCCGGACACAGCUCCAGGAGAUUGCUCAAGAAAUUGACAUUUGGCAGCAAAAGGUGACUAAAGUGAAGGCCAUUUACCAUACAAUGAACAUGUUCAACCUUGACAUGGCCCAGCAUUGUCUUGUUGCUGAGUGUUGGUGUCCAGUUGAAGAUCUUGAUCAAAUACAGGGAGCUUUAAUGAGAGGAACAGAGCGGAGUGGGUCGACUGUCCCUUCUAUUCUGAACAGGAUGCACACCAGAGACUCUCCGCCCACUUAUUUCAAGACUAAUAAGUUUACGAAAGGUUUUCAAAAUAUUGUUGACGCUUACGGAAUAGCUUCAUACCAAGAGGUUAACCCAGCUUUGUACACUAUCAUCACCUUUCCUUUCUUGUUUGCUGUCAUGUUUGGUGAUGCCGGUCACGGUCUUAUAAUGGCCCUGUUCGCUCUGUCUCUUGUUAUCUUUGAGAAGAAGCUUGAGAAAUCUGUUGGAGAAAUGUUUGGUACAAUCUUCCAUGGCCGCUACAUUAUACUGCUGAUGGGUCUUUUCUCCAUAUACACUGGUACCAUUUAUAAUGAUAUCUUCUCAAAGUCUGUCAACCUUUUUGGGUCUCACUGGAACCUUUCCUACGUUAGCAACGGGGACCCUUGCUGUUUCUCAACGGACUGUACUAGAGUAUAUGACAAUGAAGCCACAGGCGUUACAACUGUGCCCCCUGAGGCCCAAAUAUUCCAGGACCCCUACCCUAUCGGGCUUGAUCCAAUUUGGCAGGUGGCAGAGAAUAAGUUGCUCUUCACUAACUCUUACAAGAUGAAGAUGUCCAUUACUCUUGGAGUCUUCCAGAUGACAUUUGGUGUCAUUCUAGGGAUAUUCAACUACGUGCAUUUUAAAGAUUACAUCAGUAUAUUUAGUGAAUUUAUACCUCAGAUGUUGUUCCUGCUCUGUAUCUUUGGUUGGCUGGUGGUUCUGAUGUUCAUUAAAUGGAUAGUAGCCUACUCUCCAAUAUUUACUGCUCCUAGCCUUCUCAUCACGCUCAUUAACAUGUUCCUCCAGUUUGGGCAGUCUCCUGUAGUUAAAGAUGACUGUACUGAUGUAACAGCUAAUGAUCCUUGUCUCUCGGAUAACCAGUACUCAGUCUUUAGUUCUAGUGUUGAAGCUGCCAAUGGUCAGAAAUUUUUCCAAAUAAUUCUGGUGAUUGUAGCCGUAGCCUGUGUCCCGUGGAUGUUGCUAACUAAACCGAUUUACAAGAUGAUAAAGCAAAAGAGAGCACUCAAGAAUAACUAUUCUCGUCAUAUUGAAACUGGUUCUGAUUCUGAGACAGGUGAUACUGAUACUGAUAUGGUUAAGCAUCAUGAUGACGACGAUCAGCCAAACAAGCAAUCAGGAGACGAGGGGGAGGAGCAUACGGAGACCUCAGAGCUGUUUGUCCAUCAGGCUAUACACACCAUUGAGUAUUGCCUUGGUACCAUCUCAAACACUGCUUCGUACCUACGACUGUGGGCUCUGAGUCUCGCUCACGCUGAGUUAUCUGAAGUGUUGUGGACCAUGGUGUUACAGAUUGGUCUGAGAGGUAUCACUGGUUUCUUCAUUCUUGAUGGAAUUGUCCUAGUGCCACUUUUUGCCGGUUGGGCAGUAUUGACCGUUGGUAUCUUGCUUGUAAUGGAAGGACUGUCAGCUUUCCUUCAUGGCCUUCGUCUUCACUGGGUCGAGUUUCAGAGCAAGUUCUAUGCGGGUGCUGGUUACAAGUUUGCUCCAUUUUCCUUUGAAGCCAUACUGUCUGGUGAAGAAGACUCUGGAUAACUUAUAAUAUAAACUCUGUGUGUGUGCAUAUCUUAUGUUAUAAUGCUGAUCUUUAGUUAGUAUCAAUAGUGUUUAUUAGCAGUAGUUAUGUAGUUCAU